GAUUUGUUGCCGGUUGUGUGGGGAGGUGGAUUUGGAGAGAUAAUUCGGGUUUAUUCUGAACUAGAAAGACUAACACUGAUCCCAAACGCUUUGGACCUUUUGGUGGUGAAGGAUCAUUCGUGCAGAGCAUAUCCCAUUCCAUGUCGACCCUUGCGUGUGACGCUCAAAGGGAAGCAGACGACGGAUGCCGAGACGAUGUGUACGCUCUCACCCUUAAGCUCAUUGCAAUUGCUGCAAUCCUCUUUAUGGGAGUCUGUGGUGUGGCCAUUCCGUUAGUCGGGAAGAAGCGCCGGUUUCUGCGAACCGAUUCCAACUUGUUCGUUGCUGCCAAAGCGUUUGCCGCUGGCGUCAUCCUCGCCACGGGAUUCGUCCACAUGUUGCCUGACGCCACCGAGGCGUUGACCGACGCUUGCCUGCCCGAAAUUCCGUGGUCGAAGUUCCCCUUCUCGGGAUUCAUCGCGAUGAUGGCCGCAUUGGGGACGUUGCUAGCUGAUUUUGUCGGGACGCAGUAUUACGAGAGAAAGCAGAGCAAACAGGAGGAAGAAAGCCAAACCGCCAAGGCUGAUUCAUCGGAGGCCGGAUCUGAGUCGGGGAUAGUUCCGACCGAGACGAGGGGGAGUGGCCGGAUGGUUUUCGGAGAAGAGGAAGGGGGCGCCAUGCACAUCGUCGGUAUGCAUGCCCACGCGGCGCAUCACAGGCACAGUCACUCGCGAGAGCAAGGGUCGUGUAACGGGCAUCGGGGUGCGGAUCAACACGGUCACUUGCAUUCUUUCGGCUUCGAAGAUAAUACUGCUCGCCACAUUGUUGUUUCGCAGGUUCUUGAACUCGGUAUAGUUUCACACUCGGUGAUCAUCGGCCUAUCGCUGGGGGUUUCACACAGUCCGUGUACGAUUAGGCCUUUGAUCGGGGCGCUAUCGUUCCACCAGUUCUUCGAAGGCUUCGCUCUGGGAGGCUGCAUCUCUAAGGCGAAGCUGAGGAGCCUCCAGUCAACCCUCAUGGCGUGCUUUUUCGCAAUAACCACCCCAAUCGGGAUAGGUAUAGGGAUCGGGAUAGCUUCGUUCUACAAUGCUAGCAGCCCGAGAGCUCUAGUAAUCGAGGGCAUCCUGGACUCGAUCUCUGCUGGGAUCCUCGUGUAUAUGGCUCUGGUCGAUCUGAUAGCAGCCGAUUUCUUGAGCAAGCGAAUGAGCUGCAACGCGAGGCUGCAGUUCGUAUCGUAUUUCCUCUUGUUCUUGGGUGCUGCCUUGAUGUCUUUGUUAGCACUGUGGGCUUAGUUAGUUGAUGUUUUGAAGUGAAAAUUGUUGUAAUUUACAUCUUUAGUAAUCUUUUAAUUGUUAGGUCACA